AUGGAAUUUGAAGGAACCUCCAUAACAUUCUUCAACGACAUCCUCUUUCCCGCACUGCUGGAAAGACGGAAACUGGCUCCAGUAGCCAAGAAACUGAGAGACCUGCUAGUGACAAAUGGAGACAUCUCGGCCGAUGACCCUGAGAUGCUACUACGGAGCCUAGACAAGGAAGAAACACCACCUAGAGCAAGCACAAGCAGUCGCACCGGGGAGGAGAAGCAGAGAACAACUGUGGAAGGCAAACCAUGGUCCCUGCCCAAGAUACGCGAACUGGGAAUCCGCAAAAUGUAA